AUGGCCGCCAACGAAGCAGCGGCCCUUGCAAACAUGGCCAACCGAAUCGACCGACGCUCUCCUGCUCCCGCCUCCCAGUCCAAAAGAGAUCGCAAGCGACAGGCUCUCAUAGAGAGACUCUCUAGUAUGACCGAUAAGUUCCAUCGGGAAAGGGACAUGACAUAUCGCGAUCAGCUCCAGAAGAUACAGUUCGACAUCAAUCUCGUACAGCGCUUCGACCCUUACGAUCCAAAAGUCCUUGAGGUCGUCUCUGAACUCCAGAAGGAACAUACCAACACACAAGGACCUCCGGUCAACGCCGAAGAUGCUCGAAGCCUGCUUGACAUGGCUGGCAUCCGAUUCUCUGACUUCGUUGACGAAGUCGAGGAUUUGGUAGAAAUUCGUGACUUUCAGCUGGCGCAGUCAAAAGUAAAAAAACCUUCCCACGCCACACGGCCAAGUAACUUGCUAACCAUCUAUCCAAAACAGAAUGAAUAUGACCGACGGCGAGAAGAAUAUAGAAACACUUACGAUUACAAGGUCGAGACCGCUAAGCGUGAGCACCGAGCCCUUACCAGCACCCUUCGAGAUCGAUUGGUCAAUACCCUCACCCACAAGAAGAACCGGUUAAACCGCGAAAAAGAGGUUUUGGAGAUUAAUGAUUCCAAUGCCUUGCUACUCAACCCCAAUCAGUUCAGCUUGACCAAUCCUGCGAGCCCUGGUGGCCCCCAUGGAAAGCGAGCCACACGUCUGCGCAAGGACGCCGACGAUCUGCAGAUGUAUUCCGACAACAAGAAGCGGAAGCGAAACGCCGGCGAUGACGACGGCUCACCUGCCCCGACACGACGAGCCCUCGACAACCACAACACGACACCUCUGUGGCAGUCUGAGAAGGCUCGUGCUGCUGCUAAGCAGAACGGACCUAUCUACAGCAUUGACAAGCUUUUCACCGAUAAGGAGCUGUCGCUCAAUUAUAACACUGCUGCCCUUGCUGCGCAUCAGUACAUUCUUCGCAACCGUGUCAGUGGCGGCGGCUCUCCCGAAGACAGCGAUUCCGGCAACGGUGAAGCCAACGGCGACCAGGACGCCGAUUCUCAGCCUUCUGCCCCAGCUAUGGAGCGCUCCGUCUCGCACGCUACCCGUAGCACUCGUGGCGGUAAUUUACUUGACGACAAGAUUUUGGGUCUUGAAGGUAUCACCAAUUUCGAAGUUCACAACUUGGAUAUCCUCCACGCCCACGAACCCCCCAAGAUGCCUCCUCCGGUCCCCCAGCAAUAUCUCAAGCCCUACCCUCGUACAGCGGACCAGAACUUCCCUGUACCUCUGUCAAAUGACGAUAUCACCUCUGAUCUUACGAUCAUGGGUUUCUUCAAGCAAUACGACGCAGCACACAAGCCUGGAGCUCACCUUGAUCGCCCAACUGGAAUGCGCCGGGUUCUCGCUGCUGUAUCAAUACCUUACCAGCAUUCACGAUAUGUCGCCUUUACUAGCGCGCCUAGAGAAGACCCAGAAUUUGUUCGCGAUUCAUUGGGUCUACCAGCUCUCAGCAGCCUUCGGGAUCAGCCAAGCCCAGCACAUGCUGGUGCAGCUACUUCAGUAGCAGCUCUGUCCAGCGCCGCAGUGCCUAUGAGUCGCCAGAGCAGUGCCGGCGGAGUUGCCAUGAGCCGCCAAGGUAGCAGCAGUACGCGUGGCAAGGGACGUAAGAACUAG